AUGGGAUUAUUUCAACCCGUCGAACCGGCCAUUGCGCCUUUCGCACAGCGGCCGAUUAUCAUCCUCGGCGCAGGAAUCAUUGGAUGUGCUACGGCCCGACAGCUUCUUCUCGCUGGAUUCCAGGUGACGCUGGUUGCCGAAUAUCUGCCCGGAGAUCAGAGUAUCCUCUACGCCUCGGCUUGGGCUGGUGCAGCAUGGCAUGCAGCGAGUGGAAUAACUCCUGAUCAGAGAUAUCUCCAGGCCGUGACGUACCGGCAUCUACUGAAGAUGGCUCGGGAGGAGCCAGAGUCGGGGGUCUGCAUUGUCAAGGGGUUGGAGUAUCUCGAACAACCCCCGGACAAGAGUUCGUCCAUCUGGGGGAAGACGGUGCUGCCGAACUUCCGCGAUCUAAAGCAAGGCGAAUAUCCAUCCAACUUCAGCUGCGGCUGGUCCUACGAAACCCUCGUCACCAAUCCCACACUCCACAUGCCGUACCUGAAGAAGAGGAUCACCGAGCUCGGAGGCCAGUUCGUCCAGCAACGCGUCGAGUCCCUGCAGGAACUGUACGACAUGUUCCCGGACGCCCGGAUCUUCAUCAAUGCAAGCGGUUGGGGAAGCAAGCUUCUCAGCGACGUUCGAGACGACAAAUGUUUCCCCGAACGAGGCCAGAAUGUAUUCUUCAAGACCGAAGAUUGCAACACCAUGUACUUCCGUAACGGAAAGGAAUAUACAUAUGUCAUUCCCCGACCUCAAUCGCACGGCGUGAUUCUGGGAGGCGUGAAACAGGCGGAUAAUCUGUAUGUGAGCCAUGGACACAGCCAGUAUAGUAUAUAUCAGAUGCUGAACCGGAACAGUUCCCCAGAAAUCGAUAUGGACAUUGCCCGAGAUGAGAUUGCGCGCGCACACCGACUGGCUCCUGAAGUCGUCCCGGAGAAGCCGUCCGAGGACUCGCUGAGCUAUAUCGUCGGUAUUCGUCCGUCGCGGAAGGGCGGAUUUCGCCUGGACUCCGAAAAGAAGGGAAGUCGCGUCGUCUUAUCCGCGUAUGGUUUUGGUGGAGGGGGGUAUGCGUUCUCGUAUGGCAUCGCCGAUGCUCUGGUCAAGAUGGUGGAGAAGGCAGAACGGGAGAAUGUGAUUGAUAUUGCAUGA